AUUAGGUACAUGUACACGUGUCUGCGUAGGAAACAGGAUAAAGUUACUCCAAAUUAGAUCACGCAUAAUUUUAAGCACUUUGAUGCAUCAUGGUUGAAGUGCUCCUAAAUAGGAAAUGAUCCUUGGUGAAACUUUUGAUUCAUCUUUGUGUAUACCUAAUAGGGUACUUAAGUUCAGUGUAAUCGUUUCCCUCUCUGGCUGGAAAAGUUUGGACACUGAUUUAAAUUCCAAAAUGGGCAGAUCUCAUAAGAUCUCAGACGUGCAGCCGCCAUUGGCGAGUGCAAACGAGAUUACUCCAAAUGCAGAGAGCCAGUCAGAAUGCAAACUUAACAAAGAAUUGGAUAAUUUCACAGAUUUGUGUGUUACUUGGACAAUCCGACUUUUGAUACUCCUAGCCUCAGUUAUAAGUUGGAUCAAAUAUGAUUACCUUCAGUGUGUGGUAAACAAUUCUUGGCUAAUUUUGCGACAUUCUUGGAUUUUCAACUCUGUUUAUUUUGAAACAUGGUGGACAACUUUUUCUUUCGCAUGGAUCGUUCCUGUUUAUCCAUUUGCAAUUCAUUUAAUAACAGCUUUUGAUAAGUACAAAAUUCAUCCAUCCGUGACGUAUGUUCAUCAAACUGUUACAGGGAUGUUGAAAGAUUCUGUGAUUUACAUGGGUCCGUUCAUGUUUCUGGAUUCAGUCAUGGUCAAGAAAUACCACAACGUAAACCCAAGUAUAUGGAAGUUAAAACAACAAUCUUUUAUUCAAAAUACUAGGGCACUUCCGGUCGAUCCACCCGAACUAGGUCGUGUUAUAUUUGAUCUUGUUGCUUCUAUAAUGACGUUUGAUGCUAUAUUCUUUAUCAUUCAUUUGUUUCUUCAUAGGAAUACAUGGUUUUACCGAAAAAUUCAUGCUCAGCAUCAUCAACAUGACGUCAUGCAUCCCCACGUGACCAACAAACUGACAGUAGUUGAAAGGAUAGUGUUAGUUUUGUCCGCUAACUUUGCACUUAAACUGUACAGAAGCCAUCCUCUAACACGGAUGUUGUUUGUCCCGCUUUUUGUUUGGCUUCUUGUAGAAAACCACACAGGAUACGAUAUGCCUUUCGGAUUGCAUCGAGUAAUUCCAUUCAAUUUGUAUGGCGGAUCCGUCAAACAUUACAAACAUCAUAUGCACGGUUCAAAGUAUUAUCAACCAUUUUUCACUUAUUUGGAUUAUUUUUUGGAAAACAAAUCAAAUUCAAAGCACAAAUAUCAGAUUUGAUUAAUAAAAUAUUAAUCAAGUA